CACAAUAAAAUUUAGAUAUCAACGAAUGUACAACGGGCAUCGAUGGCUGUGAUGUAAACGCCCGGUGUGUGAACAUUAUAGGAAGUUAUACCUGUGAAUGCCAAGCUGGAUAUGAUGGCGAUGGAUUUUCUUGCAAUGAGCGUAUUUACAUCGAUUAUGGCUCCGGGCCUGACCGGUCACUAGGAUAUGUUCAAUACAGCUAUCUAGCGUGGUUUACUGUAAGACUGGGUACAGGGUUUCCUAUCAGCAGUGGACAACUAUACACCUAUAUAACGUGUACAUCAACAGGCAUGAUACAUUUUUCGAACUACUAUCCACGCAGCUAUCACCUGUACAAGUACAUCAACCCGUCCUUAUAUCACCUUUUUGAUAUCUACCGCGAUCCAUCUAUUGCGGUAUUCGGUGCACCAGUCGACUUUUACCGCGGUAAUCCAAGAAUAUAUUAUCAGGUAUACGACAUCAACAGGGGGUACGGAAACUCAGCUGCUCUUCUCGCAGCGGUACAAGAAAGACUGUAUACAUCUCUGUCACUUCCGGCAGGGUUAGAGUCCUUCCGGUUCAUCAAUGGAAUCAACUUCAUUUGCAAGGUCACGUGGCAAAAUUUGCAACCUCAGGGAUCGGUGCCAGGACAGGAGACUGUAACCUACCAAGCUAUUCUUUUCACUGACGGAAGGAGAAGUGGUGUUCUGAUGAUGUACCAGGGAGGCAGUUUCAACUGGAAUCCAUUCUCUAAGUCAGUACGGGCUAGAAUCGGUGUCAGCACCAGGCAUGAUUGGUACAACGUCUAUGAAGGAAACUCUCUAGCUGUACUGUAUGAAAGCUAUCGUCCUGAUCUUAGAGUUGGCAACACUGGUCUUCUGGGCAGAGACAUCUACCGUCUUGAUUCGAACCCUGACUGGUACAUCAACCCGCGCCGAUACUGUCAAGAUUGGUACAGUGAUGAUCUGAGCAGGCCAUCAUGGGCACCGUGGGCAGAGCCCUGCCCCUGUACUCGCUGGCAGGCCAGGAUCGAUGGAAGGUUUACUCGCUGCAACUACCCUAUCUAUGGCUACGGCUAUGGCUAUGGUUAUGGCUAUGGCUACGGUUACGGCUACGGCUAUGGGCUUCCUAGUUAUUAUUAUGGGGCUAUAGAAGUCUUUGGCGGUCCAGCCACUACCAAGCAGUAA